AUGGUGUCCUGUAAGACUAGUAUCACUUGCGCGAUCCUUCUCAUCUGCUUCAUUAGCUCUAUUUAUUCUGUGCCAUACAACUAUGGAGGAAACAAUGGAAAUAAUUCUGGCAUCCAUGUUGUCGACAAUGUUAAUCGUGCCACGAAUGCUGUUGUAGUUAAAGAGGACUCAGUUGGUAGCAAUGUAGGACAGUAUGUAAGACAGCAAAAUUCG